CCUCUGAAGGCCGCACAGAUGUUUUCGCCCGGUCAGGAAAACAUCUCCACCUCCCCCGCCUCCACCAAAGGGCCCGUCAAAUAUGGAGAGCUCAUUGUGCUCGGGUGUAACGGCUCUCUGCCCAGCGGCGAUAAGGGGAGGCGGAAGAGUCGUUUUGCUCUGUGUCGCAGAACCAAAGCCAACGGCGUGAAACCAAGCACCGUCCACACUUCCUGCACACCUCAGGCUGCCAAGGCGAUCAGCAACAAGGAGCAGCACAGUAUAUCGUACACUCUCUCCCGGGUGCAGACGGUGGUGGUGGAGUACACACAUGACAGCAACACAGACAUGUUCCAGAUCGGGCGAUCCACGGAGAAUCCCAUCGACUUCGUGGUGACGGACACGUUGCCUGGAGGUCAGGGUCAGGCUGACAGUCAGUCGGUUCAGAGCACCAUCUCACGCUUCGCCUGCCGCAUCAUCUGCCAAAGACACCCACCUUACACGGCACGCAUCUACGCCGCCGGCUUCGACUCCUCCAAGAACAUCUUCCUCGGGGAGAAGGCGGCCAAGUGGAGGAUGCAAGACGGUCAGAUGGACGGAUUGACCACCAAUGGCGUUCUGGUGAUGCACCCACGACAAGGCUUCAUCCAGGACUCCAAACCUGGCCUGUGGAGGGAAAUCUCCGUCUGCGGAAACGUCUUCACGCUGCGGGAGACUAGAUCAUCUCAGCAGAGAGGCAAGAAGGUGGACGUGGAGUCUAACGAGCUGGUGGACGGCUCGCUCAUCGACCUGUGCGGCGCCACCCUGCUGUGGCGGACCGGCGAGGGUCUGUCUCACACUCCCACCGUCAAACACCUGGAGGCGCUGCGGCAGGAGCUGAACGCCGGCCGGCCGCAGUGCCCCGUCGGCUUCAACACGCUGGCCUUCCCCAGCCUGCGCCGCAAGGACAUUCUGGACGAGAAGCAGCCGUGGGCCUACCUGCGCUGCGGCCACGUGCACGGCUACCACGGCUGGGGGGGUCGCCGCAACCCCGAGGUGGAGGAGGAGUGUGUGGAGAGGGAGUGUCCCAUGUGUCGAACGCAGGGCCCCUACGUGCCGCUGUGGCUGGGCUGCGAGGCGGGUCUCUACGUGGACGCGGGCGCCCCGACGCACGCCUUCGUCCCCUGCGGUCACGUCUGCUCGGAGAAGACGACGGCGUACUGGAGUCAGAUCCCGCUGCCGCACGGCACCCACACCUUCCACGCCGCCUGCCCGUUCUGCAUCCAGCCGCUGGGCGGAGACACCGGCUGCGUCAGACUCAUUUUCCAAAGCCCGCUGGACUAGAAGCCGGUCAGACUCUCCAUCCAUCCUGAGCCUUAACCAACAGACGGCGUGAUGCUUUGAGUUUUUGGAAAUCUCAUAACUUAAUUUUUUCAUAACUUAAUUUAACUUAAUUUUGAGCAACAUGAGUCGACGUCUGGGUUUAUUUCUGGGUCAUUCAGGCAGUUUUUAUCCUCCUGUGAGCUGUUAAUGAUUCUUCCCCUGAACACAGAUGCAGAAAUACACAUUUGCCUUAUUUAUUCAUUCAGCUUUUCUGUCAUGUUUUUCUUUUUUUUUCUUUUUAAUUUAAAAUAAUCAAUGCAAUAUGUAACAGCAGCAGUAAUGUUUCCCCUUUACUGACGCCACCUCACCUGCCUUAAAGAGCCAUUAACACUAAGACAUGAUCACCAGCUGGGUUUUCAGGGCUCCAGAUGUCGUUGUGGAGGCUUUUCUGUGAGGAAACACUCGAUUUUCAAGCAGGAAAUUUAAAAUUGUGGCACAAAAAAAUCACUCUCACUAUUUUUAUAAUGUUUUUUGCUGAAUUAAAGUGACCUUCUGUCAUGCUGUUGUCACUUUUCAACACAAAAUAAAUGUAUUUUUACGCUCUGUGUUGCAAUAUAACUAAUCUAUUACCUGGGGAACCUUUGAAGCUGCUGUCAAAUGAACAUGAGAUACAUAAAGAAAUUUACUGUUCAUGUGAUUAUGUUUGUCUUUUCUUUUUUUUUCAACAAAAUCUAUGUGUAGUGCAGACUGUAAAAUCAGUUGUUAACAAGGAAUAAACACUGUCCUGUUAGAUAAGUGCUCUUACAGGAAGAUUUUUCUCUCCUGCUGAUUUCAGUUUAAAGUUCAUUUAAGUUCAUCAAACACACAGUAAGACUCAACAUUUACAGAUGUUUUUAUGUUUCACAGCCAAGUGACCGAACUGCAGCUCCAAUAAUUUACCACAUAUUGUCUUUUAUUAUUUAUGAUUUGUAAUAUUUAAACAGUUCUGUCUUGUUUUCUACUUUUCGCUGUCAAUGAGGAAGAUGUAGAGGAUAAAUAAAUGGUGGUGGGACGAUGUGUUGGUGUGAGAACAGCUAAUGGAUUCAUUAAUUUGUGAAUCAACAGAACAGCAGUUUUGAUCAUCCAUUAUUUCAAACAGAAAGAAGUCAGAUAUUCUCCUUUUCCAGAUUGUCAGAUGUAAAGAUUUGCUUUUGAUUAAAACAAUUAAUAUCUGGAGGUUUUGGAGGUUUGACAUCAACAGCCCCAAAACCUAGAGAUCUUUAAAAUAAUCAGUCUGGAGACAAAUUUAUGACUAUUUUCAAACAUUUUAUAGACUAGAUAACAAACUGUUGUAGCAUUAAUUUGAGGUAUUUUCACCAUGAAGCCAAAACAGCAACUUUUUCGUACUUUACAAAAAUAAUGAAGCAUUAAAAGUACAUAGUUUAGGAAUCAAACAUACAACUAGUGGUAAAACUUAUUAGGUCUUUGGUUAAUUAAAACAAAAAUUAAACAACAAAUGUAUCUAUAUGUAUAAAAAUUGCACAAACAUACACAGAUUCAUCCAAUUUUAAUAAUUUAAGUGACUUUCUGAUCUUCCAUCUGGCGCCACCAUCAGGCCAAACCUUCUACAUGCACACAGGAAAUAAAAAAAAUCUAAUUGGCAGUUUUUUCAAAUUAAAUCUUCUGACUUUUACUUUCCUUUUUUUGGAGUU